CCUUCGAAGCUUUCUCUUUGAAAUUAACGCAUUUAUUUCGUUCUUUUUAAGUUUUAAGUAUUUUUUACGUUUAACUAAACUUAUAUAUUAAAAAAAAUAGUUGUUAAUUAGUUAAUUUCAAAAAUCAAUUGGUUUUUAAUCAGAUAAACUCGUACAUUGAAUCAACGAAAGAUAUUGUAGGUAGAAAGACGAGUAAUUCAAGAGUCACAAUUAUGUUACAAGAUGUAAUUGAACUUAAAGAGCCUUCUGAAGGAACUGGAAGAAGACAGGGUCGACAACGUCGUGAUAAAUGUGGCAAUGCUUCGAAGCCACAUGUUAAAAAGGAAAUUGAUGAUGAUGAUGAUGAUGACAGACAGAAAACUCAAGAAUUAGAGAAGAAACUAAGAGAAAUUUUAAAUAAGUUAACUCCACAAAACUUCCAGACACUAGUAAAACAAGUGAAGCAAUUACCAAUAGAUAAUGAAGAAAGACUGAAAUGUGUCGUUAAUCUUAUUUUAGAGAAGGCAUUUGAUGAUCCAAAUUCUAGUGUUUCUUGUGCAAAUAUGUGUAAACAUAUUGCAAUUUCAAAACUCAAUGUAAAUACUGGCAAUGAGAAAUCUACAAACUUCAAGAAAGCUUUGCUGAGUAAAUGUAAGGCCGAAUUUGAGAAAGAUAAAAACAACGAAAUUAAUUACAAGAAGAGACUUCAGCUGAUUGAAAAUGCAGAAACUGAGGAAAAGAAGAAACAGCUUAGAGAAGAGCUGGAAGAGGAGGAAAGAAAAUCGAAGCAUCGAUCGCUGAGAAACAUAAAAUUUAUUGGAGAACUGUUUCUACUUCAUAUGGUAACUACAUCAAUUAUGCAUGAUUGUCUGAAAAAAUUGCUACUGCGUGGCGACGAACAUUCAUUAGAAUGUUUAUGUCUACUUCUUAAGACAAUUGGAAAGGAACUUGAAACCGAGAAGAAGACAUCUGAUACUAAAAAAUCAAGUUCAUUGUUACAGAUGAACUCGUACAUUGAAUCAAUGAAAGAGAUUGUAGUUAGAAGAACGACUAGUUCAAGAGUCACAAUUAUGUUACAAGAUGUAAUUGAACUUAAAGAGAACAAUUGGGUUCGACAAAGCGACGAGAAUAAUCAAAAAACAACUGAUCAGAUUCAUCUCGAAGGGAAUGCACAGGGAAGCACAAGAGCAGCAACGGUUACUGCAACGAACUGUCUUCCAGAAGAGAAGCUUUGAGGAUCGUAAAGUGAAUAGAAAAGGUAGAAGAAUUGGCAAAUUAUCAAGAUGACAAAUGGAACAUGCAGUCCAGUAAGACUAAAGAAAUUAUGGAUCCAAGCAAAUUAAAAGUUCUGAAGUCGAUAUGUCUUUUGAAUACGAUCGUUUUCUUGCAUUAAAUUUUUAUAUAAGAAAAAAAAA